AAAAAAGAGACAAUGACAUUAUAUAGCGUAUAGGCUAUAGAUCCAUAAGGAUGUAUGGAAAGGUUAGUUAAAAUGCGUAACCAUAGACACAAUAAAGCAAAUGUUAAGCAGAUGUGACACCUAUUUUAACAUUAGUUCAGGGUGAAGUUAUAGGCUAGAGUGCACUUCCAUUGUUAGGCACAGAGACUCCGAGCUCCCAAACAAAGCGACGCAGGGAGCUAGGGAAACGGAGCGCAACGCUUAUUUAAUAGGUUAGUGACUCUUUCCCUCACACACACACACACACAGAGAGAGAGAGAGAGAGAGAGCGACACACUGGGAUGGAGAUGUAACAGCCGUGCGAAGGCGGUUUCCACAGCGAUGAAGCAUUUUGGAGGCAGUUUUUAACCGCUGUACAUAGAAGAGAGAGAAAACGAUCGACUCGACAAGCCUGAGAUCGGCGAGGGAAGACUAGAAUAAAAAAAGGGGGGGUGCAGUGUCUCUGGCCCAAGUGUCACAGACAGCGGGAGGAAUAUCAUCUUUAGCCGCUAAUCCCUGCAAAUUCGAGGAGAGAAAAAGUGCCAGUGUCACUAUAGGCCUUAAGAGCCAGAGAUGAUUCAUUCUAAACCUCAAAGUGAAGGAUAACAAGUGGCCCAGACUCCUGUGACCUCUCAUCCCACCACCUCCUCCUUCACCUUUCCUCUAACCUCUAAACUGUGUAACGUUCUCCAUUCCCCCCGGCUGGUUCAAUCUAUACAGACACAGACUGACUGGAUGACCAUCUGGACCUAUGUAAAUCAACACGAAGACAACAUUAACCAACAAGCCUUGAAGACGGACUCUCCUGGAUACUGACUGAGCUGCCAGAUGCUACUCUGGAUGGGGCUGGAGGCUGUAGGCUGUUAGGCUAGGUAGGCCAUGCUGCUCCCUGUGCCUUCCUCCUCUCCCAUGCUGCUUCCAGGAGACCUACGGGCUACAAACAUCAUUAUCGUCACCGUCAUCUUCAUCACUCACCAAUGCCACAGGAAGUACGGUGCCUAGGAGGGGACUGACUGACCCUCAACUAUUACGGACAGAGUGAACUGGAAACACACACACACACACACAAACAGCCCCUUCAGCUGUGGAACAGACAAAGACAGAAGGCAAAGAGAAACUCAGCACUGAGAGGAGGGCGGGACUAUGGCUGCCGAGAGUCUGACCGAGCUCCGUGAUUGGCUCUUUCUGCUCCUCCUGUGCCUGACUCUAUUGGCCGAGAUGCUGGAGUUGGCGGCGGCAGCAGUUGCCAUGGAGGAAGGCGAGGAAGACUUCCCGUGCCCGUCAGUGUGCCGGUGUGACGAGGGCUUCGUUUACUGUAACGACCGGAGCCUGAGCAUGAUCCCUCCUCUACCGUUAACAGCUACCGUUCUCUACCUACAGAGCAACCGGUUGGCCAACUCCGGCCUACCGGCGUCGUUGGAGCGCAGCAGUAGUAUCCGUGUGGUCUACCUUUAUGCCAACCAACUAGAUGAGUUUCCUAUACACCUGCCGCCGUCGCUACGGGAACUACACCUGCAGGACAACAACAUUCGGACGUUGCCGCGCACGGUGUUGGCCAGGUUACCGUUGCUAGAGAGGCUACACCUGGACGACAACUCCAUCUCCACGGUGAGCAUUCAGGAGCGGGCCUUCUCCGGUAUGCGGCGGCUGAGGUUACUCUUCCUCUCCCGGAACCACCUGUCCAGCAUCCCAGCCGGCCUCCCGGCUUCUUUAGAGGAGCUGAGGUUAGACGACAACCGCAUCAACACCAUCCCCACCCACGCCUUCCGGGGCCUGGCCUCACUGAGGCGCCUGGUCCUGGACGGGAAUCUCCUGGCCAACACCCGCAUCGCCGACGACACCUUCUCCCGCCUGGCCAACCUCACGGAGCUGUCGCUAGUCCGCAAUGCCCUGCAGGCCCCACCCAUCAACCUGCCCAGCACACACCUGAUGAGGCUGCACCUGCAGGACAACGGACUGAUUCACGUGCCCCGGGGGACCCUGGACGGGAUGAGGAGGCUGCAGCGGCUGGAUCUGUCAGGGAACAACCUGACCACUCUGCCCCGGGGGCUGCUGAGGGACACGGACGGCCUGGAGCUGUUGCUGCUCCGGGGGAACCCCUGGUACUGUGGCUGCAACCUGCACUGGCUCCACGCCUGGCUGUAUGGCCGCGGGGCGGCGGUGACAGUACGGGGCCUGACCUGCCACGGACCGGAGGCGGUGCGAGGCCAGGCCCUCAGGGACCUCUCUGGGCUCAUGGACCAGUGUGAAGGCCCCCCAGGAGGGGUGAACAGUGUGGGGGGUAGAGGAGGAGGUGUCACUAGUACUACCACCUUUCCCCCCACCCAGGGCUCUCUGUUCACCCUCAGAGCCAUACGGCCGGGCCUGGUGAAGCCAUUACCACCGGGAGGAGAGGCGGGGGGUCAUGCCUCACACAACGCUUUAGAACUCACCGUGAAGCCUCUGUCGGCGGACAGUGUGCAGGUGACGUGGCUGUGCACGCGGCCGGCGCCCUCCUUCCGGCUGUCCUGGCUGAGGCUGGGCAGCAGCGCAGCUCUGGGUUCCAUCACAGAGACGCUGGUACCCGGGGAGAGACAGCAGUACCUACUAACCCAGCUCACGCCACGAUCACACUAUCUCAUCUGCCUGCUCCCCCUGCGCUCCACCUCCUCCCACUCUGGAGGGUCACAGAGAGGACAGCAACAGGAAAAGGACACAACAGACCAGAGCCCCGUCUGCUCUCAGAUAGAGAUGGGGGAGGCUCUGCGCCCCGAGGGGGGAAAUGGGGGUGAGGACUCGGACACAGAGAUGGCAGCCCUCCCCCUGGCCGAGAUCAUUGGCGGAGCCACAGCCCUAGUCUCCCUCAUACUCAUCUUCGGCAUCUUCUGCUGGUAUGGCCAGCGCACCGGGUAUGUCUCCGGGGAAACAGACUCCUAUGGGGUCAGAGGUCAGCGCGUGGUCGGGAAGCCGUACGAUGACUACGUGGAGUCGGGUACUAAGAAGGACAGCUCCAUCCUGGAGAUCAGGAGCCCCGGCUUCGCUAUGACGCCCAUGACGACCCAUCAGCCACUGCAACCCAAAGGAGGGGAAGAUGUGACCUACGUGCACACCAUCUUCCCCUCAUCGCACGGUAACGGCACCUACCGAAGCAACCAGAGUCACAACGGCAUCAUCACCCAACUGGGUCACACGGCAGGCUACGGGACCAACCAGGGUUACCGGGAGCAAGGGAUGAUCCCGGAUAUAGACUACACCUACACGUGAUGACAUCAUCUCAGACACACUUCUCCCACCUCCACCGGUUGGAUGCCGUUCUAAGGAUACGGUUCCAGCAGGCGGUUGGUUGGUUGGUCUCCUUGGUUCCAAAGUACCCUCUGUGCCUCCUCACUUCUGCUCUGAAUCUUAUUUAUCUGUUACUGGCUGACUGGCUUGGGUUGCUGUGUCCCCACAGGGCCACCCCACAUACAUGUUUGCUGGGUGACAGAAGUGUUUCAGUGCUUCUCAUGUUUAUACAUUGUUUUGAGGUCUCAGUAUCUUUACAGCUACUGUACUCUUCCUUCUAUUCCAUAAAAGACCGUUAGUAGUUUGAAGUGGAUGUUUAGGCGUAGGAAGACGCUAAAAGGCAAAUAUAUUCCAGAGAGAAACACUUGUGUAGACUGCUACAUUAUAUAUACAAAAGUAUGUGGACAUCCUUUCAAAUGAGUGGAUUCGGCUAUUUCAGCCAUACCCGUUGCUGACAGGUGAAAAAAAAAUCAAGCACACAGCCAUGAAAUCUCCAUAGACAAACAUUGGCAGUAGAAUGGCCUUCCUGAAGAGCUCAGUAACUUUCAACGUGGCAACGUCAUAGGAUGCCACCUUUCCAAAAAGUCAGUUCUUCAAAUUUCUGUCCUGCUAGAGCUGCCCCGGUGAACUGUAAGUGCUGUUAUUGUGAAGUGAAAACGUCUAGGAGCAACAAUGGCUCAGCAGCAAAGUGGUAGGCCACACAAGCUCACAGAACAGGACCGGCGAGUGCUGAAGCAUGUAGAAAUGGUCUGUCCUCGGUUGCAACACUCACUACAGAGUUCUAAACGGUCUCUGGAAGCAACGUCAGCACAAGAACUGUUCGCCGGGAGCUUCAUUAAAUGGGUUUCCAUGGCCGAGCAGCCGCACACAAGCCUAAGAUCACCAUGCGCAAUGCCAAGUGUCGGCUGGAGUGGUGUAAAGUUCGCCGCCAUUGGAGUCUGGAGCAGUGGACUCGAGAGUGAUCACGCUUCACCAUCUGGCAGUCCAACGGACGAAUCUGGGUUUGGCAGAUGUCAGACGAACACUACAUGCCCCAAUGCCAACUGUAAAGUUUGGUGGAUGAGGAAUGAUGGGGUGGGGCUGUUUUUCAUGGUUCGGGCUAGGCCCCUUAGUUCCAGUGAAGGGAAAUCUUUACGCUACAGCAUAACUGGCCUGCACAGAGCCCUGACCUCAACACCUUUGGGAUGAAUUGGAAUGCUGACUGCGAGCCAGGCCUAAUCGCCUAACAUCCGUGCCUGACCUCACUAAUGCUUAUGGCUGAAUGGAAGCAAGCCCCCGCAGCAAUGUUCCAAAAUUUUGUGGAAAUCCUUCCCAGAAGAGCAAAGGGGGGACCAACUCCAUAUUAAUGCCUGUGAUUAUGGAAUGAGAUGUUUGACGAGUGUGUCCACAUACUUUUGGUCAUGUAGUGUAUACAACUACCUACUUCUGUAUGCGCUGAGUAGACACACGGGUAAGGGUUUGAUGGUACUAGUCACAACAACUCAUCACUGACUGACAGAAAAUAUAUAUGUUCCUAUAUUAGACCUCUACUUUUCUCUUUCCCCUCCUGUUUUUAUAUUUUAUUUCUCUGUUUAUUUUGUGCUGCAGAGAGAGAGAGAGAGAAUGAGAGCGAGAUAACUGUGUUCUAGCUGAGAAGAGCUGAUAGCAGCUCUGAGGGACAGGGGCUCCUACUGCAGCGAUGUCCGCCCGGGGACUCUAGUGAGAGGGAGAGAUAGGAGUAAGCAUAGGGAGGUUAAAAAGAGAGACAGAAUAAUUGAGGAGGGGGAGAUAAUAAAAGAGGGAAAGGGUGAAAAGGAAGAAUAUAGACCCUGAUCCUUCGAGAGAGAUAAAGAGAGAGGGAGAAAAAGUAGGGAGCGAGAGACAAAAGAGGAGGGAGAGUGAAGAGGGAGAGUGAAGAGGGAGAGUGAAGAGGGAGAGCAAAGGGAGAACUAAUGGCAGAGGGAGACAGUGAAAAGGGUAGGAAUAUAGCUAGGACCUCAUCCAAACCCUGCUACUUCUUAACAGGACCAGUUCAUUUCUACUUGACCUAUCGUUGAUAUUUUAGUACAGGAAGGAGCAGACAGUGAAAAGGGUAGGAAUAUAGCUAGGACCUCAUCCAAACCCUGCUACUUCUUAACAGGACCAGUUCAUUUCUACUUGACCUAUCGUUGAUAUUUUAGUACAGGAAGGAGCAGACAGUGAAAAGGGUAGGAAUAUAGCUAGGACCUCAUCCAAACCCUGCUACUUCUUAACAGGACCAGUUCAUUUCUACUUGACCUAUCGUUGAUAUUUUAGUACAGGAAGGAGCAGACAGUGAAAAGGGUAGGAAUAUAGCUAGGACCUCAUCCAAACCCUGCUACUUCUUAACAGGACCAGUUCAUUUCUACUUGACCUAUCGUUGAUAUUUUAGUAAAGGAAGGAGCAGACAGUGAAAAGGGUAGGAAUAUAGCUAGGACCUCAUCCAAACCCUGCUACUUCUUAACAGGACCAGUUCAUUUCUACUUGACCUAUCGUUGAUAUUUUAGUACAGGAAGGAGCAGACAGUGAAAAGGGUAGGAAUAUAGCUAGGACCUCAUCCAAACCCUGCUACUUCUUAACAGGACCAGUUCAUUUCUACUUGACCUAUCGUUGAUAUUUUAGUACAGGAAGGAGCAGACAGUGAAAAGAGUGUGUUCAUCAAACGUGCCCAUCUUUAAAGAGAUAAAAUUGUUAUUACAAUUUGGCCAUGGAAUAAAAUAAUUCAACAUAUUGGCAUUUCCCUUAACAUACAGAACACCAAUAUUAAAGGAUAUAUCAUUUUGCUUAUUGCAUGUCAUCAUAAUAUGAACGGCAAAGGCAUGUUAACUGGACAAUCAUACAGAAAUGUCUGCAAUCAAAUUAAGUAAAUCAACCCAAAGUAAAAGGCAUUUUCUAUUGGUUGCUAUCAGGAAAGAUGAAGGGGAAAAAACAUGUGUUUACAGUGAUGUACCCAUUCAGCACGCAAACAUCUGAACACAGCAAGCUGUAAUAGCCGUACCAUUACAGCCACUUAGUAUCUACUUAGUAGCUCUGUGUGCAUCAGUCAGUCAUUCAGAUCCAGCGAGACAGUCAGG